AUGAACGACCAGCCGUCGCCUUUUGGCCACAUGGACGACGAAAGGAGGUCUUCGUCGCCCAAGCGCAAGAAGAUUCGCCAAAAAUACGCCCCCAAAGCCUGCGUCUCGUGUAGACGAUCGAAGCUCAAGUGUAGCGGGGAGAACCCAUGCCAGCGAUGCAUCGACAACGGAAAACGCUGCUUCUACUCAGAAGACCAAACGGCUGCCGAAGCCCUGCAAAACCUCAGUCGACCCACGCCCGCACAACAACCACUCUCGUCGCUUACCAACGGAAAUGGCCUAUCGCGAAGGAACAUAAUGCCGCGCCACGAAAGCACUGAAAGAAGAGCGAGCGACGCCAGUGUUCUCAGCAUGACAAUGGAAACCCGCAUGGCUCGCAUCGAGUCCAUGAUGGAGGCCCUUAUACACGAGCGAGGCAUGGCUAUGACACCCAUGGGGAGCAUUGAGCGCGAGAAUAGCAAUGAAGGGCUGCGGAGCGAUGCUGCCUUCGCUCUGCCGCUUCUCGAUCCUAUCAACCCGGCCCUUGCCCAGAUGGAACAGCAGUCAAAUAUACCAUACGAAUCGCCCGACUGGAGGCACCCUCUUCCUCAAUUUGAGGACCAUUCGAACAGCGCUGAACCGCCCGUCACCAUACGCCUAGGUAGUCGUGCAUUACCCUUCCCUCGACUCAUCGACUACCGGAAAUAUAUGAGCCAAUUCUUCGGCGAUCUCCACCUACGACACCCAUGCAUUGAGGAAAGCGAGUUUCGCGCCUUUGGUGAGCGCAUACUGGCUAUUGGAGUUGUGCAGACAGGCGACGUCUUCUUCCUAGCCCUGAACUACGCCAUCUUCGCCUGCUGCGAGGUGCUGCUGGAGACCUCACCACGUUCUCCCAGCGGCAAACCUAAUGGUUGGCAUUGGUUUCAAAUAGCAGACGAUCUAGUCGACAAGAGAACACUGCUUACUGGUCCGGGUGAUCUGGCUCUGAUUCAGCUCCUGCUUUUCCAGGCCUUGUACCUUAAGUUUGCCGACGUCCCCAGCUCAGCCUACACGACCAUUGGCCUCGCCAGCAGAUUGGUUUUCCAAUACGGCCUGCAUCAACAACGCUCACUUUCUCAUCUCGACCCAGAGCAGUUAUACACUCAUGUGUGUGUCUUCUGGAACGUAUUCGCCGCUGACCGCUGCAUCUCGUUGUCAUGUGGCCGCCCGUACUCGAUCCGUGAGAAAGAUAUCAACAUUGAGCUUCCCAUGGAUGUGUUCAACAAGGUCCUGCUUCACCGACAACCUCCCUUCGAGUCUGACCCGAGACAUUACAUUAAUCUAUACAUGAACUACACGACUCUGUUGGCCCAUCGUGCCGGUUACAUAUGGGAUACGAGCAUUGUCGCAAGAUCGCCAAACAGUAGGCUUGAUGGCGAUAGCAUCGCGAUUAUCGACGCCCAAAUCAGCCACUUCCUGACCAACGAGUUGACUACUAUGCACAUUCCCCACCCUCGAGGAAUGCAGUCCAAUGCUUAUAAUAAGACUGCAAUGCUGCUCAACAACAACAACAUCACGCUCUUGUUGCGCCAUCGGGAAAUGACCUCCCUUCAGUAUGACGGUAACUGCGCUCAAGAAUUUGGUGGCCUCGCGCUCGACUCGAUGUCCCACCUUAGCGGCUUCAUUGACACAGCGCAAAACGCCAGUCCCACCCCGAAACACCGUAGUUUCCGGCAUAAUAUGACUUCCUCCGUCGCUGGUGCUCUUCUUAUCUUGUGCGCCCUGCUUGUGCGCGACCUCUCCGCUCCCGAUCUGAACCUCCAACACAACUACCCCGCAUACGUCAACGGCUUCCAGGACGGCUUCGCCAUGCUGGACAUGCUCAGGUAUAAGUCUUCCUAUGCCCGACGUGUACUGGAAGAGUUUGCGUCGCUCCGUGGUGUGGUAGCGACGCUCAUUCAAGAGUUCACGCCUGAUCGGCAGAUCCAAGGCGGAUUCCAGCACGUAGAAGCACUUCUCCCGCCGAAUAUCGCCGACCUGUUUCCCUACCACACUUUGACGCCGUCUUUGCAAGCACUUACGUCGAGUCCUGGUGAGCCAACACUCCCGGUGGGACAGGACUCGAGUGCAUGGGACAAUGUCGAGCCAAGCAUAAGUGGAGGAGGCGUUUUGUGGCUUUGAUGACUUUGAUAAUAUCAAUGCUUUGUCAUGCCUCCGAGUUGGACCAUGUCAUAGCCGUUGCCUAUGCGUAGGCUUUUCCAAAUUAGGCGUUGAGGGGUGGAUGGCUGUCUCACUCUAGCUUUUUUAUUUAAGGUUGCAUAGAUACCCCCAUUACACAGCGUAGGCCCAAGGAGGGCGUUAAAGGCUCAAAAAUUCAAUAUCGAGUUCGCUGCU